GUGACCUUGGGGACACCUCGGGUGACCUCGCAGGUGAUCGGUGGCAAUGAGGACCCGCAGGGGGUGGUGCUGAAGGAUCUGUCCCCCCCCCUGGUGGCGGUGGCACUGCGGGUUCACCCCCGCGCCCCCCGAGCGAUGAGCGUCUGCCUGCGGCUGGAGCUCUACGGAUGUCCCUGGGAUGCCGGGCUGCUGUCCUACACCGCGCCAAGGGGACACACGAUGUCCCUUCACCCCACAACCAUCGUCCUCAAUGACUCCACCUAUGAUGGUGACAGCGCCGGCCCGUUGCUCUAUGGGGGUCUGGGCCAGCUGGCAGAUGGAGUUUUGGGGUUGGAUGAUUUCACACGGAGCCGAGAGCGAAGGCUCUGGCCUGGCUACGACUACGUGGGCUGGCGAAGACCCCCCGGCCCCCAGCCCCAUGUGGAGCUGGAGUUUGAGUUUGAGCAGCUGCGGAUGUUCCGUGCCAUGAAGGUUCACUGCAACAACAUGCGCACGCGGGGGGUGAGCAUCUUCACGGCGGUGGAGUGCAGCUUCAAACACAGCCUGGAUGCCCCCUGGGAGCCCCCCGACGCCCCCCACCACCCCGAGGGGACAAUUGGGGACCCCCGAGCUCGUUGGGUCACCGUGCCGUUAGGGGGACGCAGGGGACGCUUCGUUAGGUGUCGGUUCUUCUUUGCGGGUGAAUGGAUGCUUUUCAGCGAGGUCAACUUCGUGUCCGGUGGGUGGCGUCCCCCCUGGGAGCCCAAGGCUGGGCAACCGGUGGCCAAAGAGGAUCACAGCCACACGUCCAUCCUGAUUGGCUGCCUGGUGGCCAUCAUCCUGCUCCUAUUGGCCGUCAUCGUCCUCAUCCUCUGGCGGCAUCACUGGAGGAAGAUCUUGGGGAAGGUGAGUGGGGGGGGUCCGAGUGUGGGGAGAUGGGGCGAUUGGUUGGGUAAUGAGGCCGUUAAUUGGGGUGAUGGGGUGGUUGGAUAGGUGGUGGGGUCGUUAAUUAGGUAACGGGGGUCACUGGUUAGGUGAUGAGGUCAUUAGUUGAGUGAUGAGGUGGUUCGUUGGGUGACGGGGUUGUUAAAUGGGUAACGUGGUCAUUAAUUGGGUGAUGGGGUCAUUAAUUGGAUGGUGAGGUCAUUAACUGUGUGAAGGGGUUGUUGGUUGGGUAAUGAGGUCAUUACUUGUGUGAUGAGAUGGUUAGUUGGCUGAUGGGGUCGUUAAUUGGGUAAUGGGGUU